GUAGAUGGUAUACUAUGUAUUGGAAAUAUAAUGAGAAGGAAUUAAAAUAGAUGUAAAUAAUAAUUAGAACAUUUUAUUAUUUAGUGGUGGUGGAUUAUAUGAUUAAGAAGGAAAUCAGAUAAAGAUUGGAAAGUGGAUAGAAUUAGAUAAAAAAUUUAAUCACCAUAAUUAGAUCAUAUAUAGUGGAGAAUAUAAUUUGAAUGGUCUUAAAGUUGGUAUAUGG